AUGCUGACCGCCCUGUGGCUGCUGCUCAGCUUUGCUGCCCCGGGGCUGGGGGCCUAUCUCUUCGUCACCUGUCCCAGGGGGGCGCAGUGCCAGCGGGCCCUGCUCUCAGAGAACGACGUCCUCCUGCACUGUAACUCCUCCGGGGCCCAGUGGUACUACUUCUUCGUGAAGGACAGGACCCGCUGGUUCCACAACCUCCAGGAUGUUCCCAACAUGGAGAUAAUGCCCGAUGGCAGCCUUCUCAUCCGGAGCCCGCUGUCCGCACAGACAGGCUUCUACAGCUGCUGGGACAAGAAGGACGUCCAGCUGGUGCAGUACAAGAUUGACUUCCAGGACGUCACCUCCCUGCACAUCACUCACAGAGGCCUGGGCCAGGUGCCCCUGCAGAAUGACACCCUGAGUCUGGACAGCAAGGAGGUGGUGUUCACCCAGUGGGAGCCCUGGCAGGACUGCAACCGCUGUGGGAAGCUGGGCGAGCGCAAACGCCUGGGGUACUGCUACAUCCAGGAGACGCUGGAGGAGCCCAUGCCCUGCUGGCUGUAUCUGGGGGACGUCACGGUGUGGAACCAACGCCUGCGGCCUGAGAUGCAAGUGGAAACCUGCUAUGCCGACUGCACCACGUUCGCGGGGAAGCACAUCGUUUUUGACAACUUCAAGCUCAGUGAGCAGUCAGGAUCCACCUGGCUCACCUGUCCCCUAGGAUCCAUCUACAGGCCCAUCAUAUGGGAAGCCAAGGACGUGCCUCUGAAGUGGGAGGAUCAGCUCUCUGGCCGGGAAGUAGGCGGCUUCCUGGACCCCGCCAACGGCGGCAGGCGUCUGCAGGUCUUCCAGCCGGCUGUCUACAAGUGCUUCGUGCAGCAGGAGCUCAUGGGCCACUUCAACCCCAGGCCCGAUCCCGAGGUGCUGGAGACUCUGAGAGAGGACGCCUCUCUGCCGCAGGCGGAGGCGGUCGGGAAGGGGAAGGCCGACUCGGUCCUCAAGGGGCUGAAGCUCACGCUGCUGGUGGCCACAGUCCUGGGCCUGCUGGGGGUGCUGCUCAAGCACUUCCGCCCCUCCCAGGGCAGCAGGAGCAAGCAGGUGCUGCUGGUGAAAUAAAGCAGAGCCUCCGAGCUGAGACCCACCUCCGUGCCUUGCUCGCCCCACCGCCCCUCCCCCGGCACCGGCCGCUGCCAGCCCCACGCUGCCCUCUGAAUCUGCAUGGUCCAGAGCAGACUGCUGUCAUGGCCAAGGGCGACUGAGCGCCUCCCUGUUCCAGGGGCCGCACUGUUAGCUCGUUAGCAAUCCCGGGUGAGGAAACUGAGGCAAGGCUACCUGUCCAGUGAUUGGUGGGGGCUGCGGUUCAAACCCAGGCUGCCUGGCUCGAGCCCUGUGCUCCUCACAGGGAGGAGGGGAGGGGUGGGAUGAGGCCAUUUUGGGGGUGAGUCUCUGGGUGUGGGAAACUGUAGCCCUCUCACUCACCCCCAGAGACAAGGGCUGAGACUGGGGGUGGGCAUGGGUGACCCCCAGGCUCCCAGGUCCGCGCUGGGAGCUGCCCUUCCUUGACGUCUCUUGCCCCACCCUGCCCUGGUUGUCCCUAGAGACACCAGGCUCUACCAUAUCUCCCCAAGUCAGAUGGUGCUGCCAGAGCGGUGGCCCAGGGCAGCCGGACCUGCGUCCCCCUUCCUGGUUCCUGCAGUGGAAAGAGCCCCUGAGAGCCUGAGAAAGGGAGGCAGCCCCUCCAGCAGGACAGGGUGCCAGCCCCGGCCCAGCUGACCAGUGGGAAUCACAAGGCCUGGCUGU